CUUGUUAGCUGGAAGUUGUUUCUCUGAGGGGAGGGCCCACAAAAAUUUAAGGUCGCUUUCUGAAGUCUGCCUCAGUUCUGUCGGGAGCGAGAUCCGUAUCGACCCUAGUUUGAAGGUGGCUUCUUGCCGCUGACAGUCUCUCUUCCGGAACGAAAGCCGCGCGGACAGGCUGUUUCCGGAGGGGUUGCCCGAGACUGGUGCCCUGUUGCGCCCCGCCCCUCGCACGGCCACGUCCUACCGGAGCCGCAGGGCUGGGCCGCUGAUGGAAUCAUGAUAUUACUUGGAUUGACUUCAAGCCAUACAUGAGACAUUAACCUUAUGCUGAAAAUGGAAAACAGAGUAGGAUCCUUCCUAGAAGCUCUGGGCUGUUGCUGAUGGCAGAAACCAAACUUACUACAGAGUCACUUCUCGCUCCUCAGAGUCUUCUUAGUCUGGAUUGCCCUGACCAUGGAUGGUGCACCAGCGGAAGACAAGUCUAGCAAUGAUAUUUCAUCUUGCCCUGAAGCCUCACUGGAGUCAUUGGACUCACUGGCCCUACUUCCUGACCAACCAAACAAAGUUCAGAGUGCCAAUAUUGAGGAAAACAACAGAAUUUUUAGGGAAGGAGGAAGUCCAGAUAGAUCCAGCCAGGAGGCCCUUUGUCAGAAUGGGCAGUUCCCAGACCCUCCGUUGUCUCUUGAUCCCACAGCAAGCACAGUGGGACCUGAUGGCUCUGCAGGUGUGGAUGGUUUCCAUGACAACCUAAGGAAGUCUCAGGGAACUAGUGCUGAGGGCAGUGUUAGAAAAGAAGCUUUGCAGUCUCUCAGACUCAGUCUUCCCAUGCAAGAAACGCAACUGUGCUCCACUGCCUCUUCAUUGCCCUUGGAAGAGGAGGAGCAGGUCCGACUGCAGGCACGAAAGCGCCUGGAAGAACAACUGAUACAGUACCGAGUAAAGCGCCAUCGGGAGAGGUCCAGUCAACCUGCAACAAAAAUGAAACUUUUUAGUACACUUGAUCCUGAGCUCAUGUUAAAUCCAGAAAACUUGCCAAGAGCCAGUACUGUAGCUGUGACAAAAGAGUAUUCCUUCCUUCGCACCAGUGUUCCUCGAGGGCCCAAGGUAGGCAGCUUAGGGCUGCUGGCACAUUCUAAGGAGAAAAAGAGUUCCAAAUCAAGCAAGAUUCGGUCUCUGGCUGACUAUAGAACUGAAGAUUCAAGUGACUCUAGUGGCCUUGGUUCCACUGCUGAUACUGUUGGAGGUUCCCUGAAACAGAGUAGAAGCAGCACUUCAGUUGUGUCUGAGGUUAGUCCAUCAUCUGAGACUGAUAAUCGUGUAGAGAGUGCCUCACUGGCUGGGGAUAGUGUGUCGGAAGCUGAUGGAAAUGAAAGUGACAGCUCCUCACACAGCAGCUUCUCUGCAAGAAGGGCCUGUGGUGUCCUGGCUAAUGUGGGCAUGACUGGAGCAGCUUAUAUGGUUGAUGGCCAGGAGAUUUCUGCUGAGGCCCUGGGCCAAUUUCCUUCAAUUAAGGAUGUACUACAGGCUGCAGCAGCCCACCACCAGGAUCAGAACCAGGAAGUCAAUGGGGAAGUACAGAGCCGCAGAGACAGCAUCUGUAGCAGUGUGUCCAUGGAGAGCUCUCUUGCUGAAACACAGGAUGAAAUGCUGCAGGUUCUUAAAGAAAAAAUGAGACUUGAAGGACAGCUGGAAGCUUUGUCAUUAGAAGCCACUCAGGCACUUCAAGAGAAGGCUGAGUUACAGGCCCAGCUUGCUGCCCUGAGCACGAGGCUGCAGGCACAGGUGGAGCAUAGCCACAGCAGCCAGCAGAAGCAGGACUCCCUUAGUUCUGAAGUGGACACUUUGAAGCAAUCUUGCUGGGAUCUAGAGCGGGCCAUGACUGACCUGCAGAACAUGCUAGAAGCUAAAAAUGCCAGCCUGGCAUCCUCUAACAAUGAUCUGCAAGUGGCAGAGGAGCAGUAUCAAAGACUGAUGGCGAAAGUAGAGGACAUGCAGAGAAACAUCCUCAGCAAAGACAACACAGUGCACGACCUUCGACAGCAGAUGGCAGCCCUACAGAGUCAGCUCCACCAAGUACAGCUGGAGCGCACAACACUGACCAGCAAGCUACAAGCAUCACAGGCUGAAAUCACAUCUCUGCAGCAUGCCCGGCAGUGGUACCAACAGCAACUUGCAUUGGCCCAGGAGGCCAGGGUCAAGCUGCAGGGAGAGGUGGCACACAUCCAGGUUGGACAGAUGACCCAAGCAGGCCUUUUGGAGCACCUGAAGCUUGAGAAUGUGUCCCUGUCUCAUCAGCUGACAGAAACUCAGCAUAGAUCCAUCAAGGAAAAAGAGCGCAUAGCUGUUCAGCUCCAGAGCAUUGAGGCUGACAUGCUGGAUCAGGAGGCAGCAUUUUUACAGAUUCAGGAGGCGAAGACAAUGGUGGAGGAGGACCUCCAAAGGAGGCUGGAAGAGUUUGAAGGUGAACGGGAACAGUUACAGAAAGUGACAGAUACAGCAGCAUCCCUGGAGAAACAAUUGGAACAGGUGAAGUUGACAUUGUUCCAGCGAGACCAGCAGCUUGCAGCACUUCAGCAGGAGCAUCUAGAUGUGAUAAAGCAGCUCACCUCCACACAGGAGGCUCUACAGUCCAAGGGACAGUCUCUUGGUGACCUUCAUUCACGUUAUGAUGAGCUACAAGCAAGGCUGGAGGAGCUGCAGAGGGAGGCUGACUCCAGGGAGGACACAAUUCACUUAUUGCAGAAUGAGAAAAUUGUUUUGGAAGUGGCUCUACACUCAGCCAGGAAUGACAAGGAGGAACUUGACAGAGGAGCACAGCAUUUGGAAGAAGAUACGGAGGAGACAUCAGGACUAUUGGAACAACUGAGACAAGAAUUGGCUGUGAAGUCCAACCAGGUGGAGCACUUGCAGCAAGAGACAGCCUCACUGAGAAAACAGAUUCAGAAGGUAAAGGAGCAGUUUCUUCAGCAAAAGGUAAUGGUAGAGGCCUACCGGCGAGAUGCUACUUCUAAAGACCAACUCAUUAGUGAGCUGAAAGCUACAAAAAAACGGCUGGACUCAGAGAUGAAGGAACUGAGGCAGGAGCUAAUAAAAGUGCAUGGAGAGAAGAAGACUGUGGAAGUAGAACACUCACGACUGCAAAAGGAGAUGUCCCAGGUUCACCAGCAGAUGGCAGAUCUUGAGAGGCAUCUUCAGUCAGUGCAGAAAGAACGAGAUGAAAUGGAGACUCACCUGCAGUCGUUACAGUUUGACAAAGAUCAGAUGGUAGCCCUUACUGAGGCCAACAAGACACUAAAGAAACAAAUAGAAGAGCUUCAGCAAGAGGCCAAGAAGGCUAUCACAGAACAGAAGCAGAAGAUGAAGCGGCUGGGGUCAGAUCUGACCAGUGCCCAGAAGGAGAUGAAGACUAAGCACAAGGCUUAUGAGAAUGCUGUGAGCAUUCUUAGCCGCCGCCUGCAGGAGGCCCUGGCUACCAAGGAGGCCACAGAUGCAGAGCUUAGCCAGCUCAGAGCUCAGAGCACUGGUGGCAGCAGUGACCCUGUUUUACAUGAGAAGAUUCGGGCUCUAGAGGUGGAACUGCAGAAUGUUGGCCAAAGCAAGAUACUGUUGGAGAAGGAGUUACAGGAGGUGAUCACAAUGACUAGCCAGGAGCUAGAAGAGUCCCGGGAGAAGGUGCUUGAGUUGGAAGAUGAGCUUCAAGAAUCCAGAGGCUUCAGACGGAAGAUAAAACGUCUUGAAGAGUCAAAUAAGAAACUGGCUUUGGAGUUAGAACACGAGCGAGGGAAGCUCACCGGCCUCGGACAGUCUAAUGCAGCUUUGCGGGAGCACAACAGUAUCCUGGAGACUGCACUGGCCAAGAGGGAAGCUGACCUGGUGCAGCUGAAUCUCCAGGUGCAGGCAGUUUUACAGCGCAAAGAAGAGGAGGAUCGCCAGAUGAAGCAACUUGUCGAAGCCUUACAAGCCUCAUUAGAAAAAGAAAAGAUGAAAGUAAACAGCAUGAAGGAACAGAUGGCUGCUGCCAAGGUAGAAGCUGGACACAACCGCCGCCACUUUAAAGCAGCUACACUGGAGCUGAGUGAGGUGAAGAAGGAGCUGCAGGCAAAGGAACACCUGGUACAGACACUGCAGGCUCAGGCAGACGAGCUUCAGAUUCAAGAGGGAAAGCAUUCUCAAGAAAUAGCACAAUUCCAGACUGAGCUGGCAGAAGCUAGAACCCGCCUCCAGUUCCUACAGAAGCAGCUGGAUGACCAGAUGAAUCAGCAGCCCACAGGGAGCCAAGAGAUGGAAAAUCUCAAAUGGGAAUUGGAUCAGAAAGAACGAGAAAUUCAGUCUCUGAAGCAACAGCUUGACUUGACAGAGCAACAUGGCAAGAAAGAGCUAGAGAGUACACAGCAGACAUUGCAGACUAUCAAGUCUGAGUUGGAAAUGGUACAGGAAGAUCUAUCUGAGACCCAGAAGGAUAAGUUUAUGCUUCAAGCAAAAGUGUCUGAACUUAAGAACAACAUGAAAACUCUGCUGCAGCAGAACCAACAGCUCAAGCUGGAUCUCCGCCGUGGUGCAGCUAAGAAGAAAGAACCAAAAGGUGAGCCCAACUCCUCCAGCCCUGCAACACCCAUCAAGAUACCAGACUGCCCUGUCCCAGCCUCAUUGCUAGAGGAGCUGCUGAGGCCCCCACCUGCUGUGAGCAAGGAACCCCUCAAGAAUCUCAACAGCUGUUUGCAGCAGCUCAAGCAAGAAAUGGACAGUCUGCAGCGCCAGAUGGAGGAGCAUACCAUCACUGUGCAUGAGUCCCUGUCCUCGUGGGCUCAAGUAGAAGCUGCCCCAGCAGAGCAUGCCCACCCCAGGGGAGACACAAAACCACAUAAUCAAAACAAUGUUCCCAGAGAAGGGCUGGGCCAAUGACUACUUAUACUCAUCAACAAGUAUUUGUGACUGCUAAAGGAAUAUUCUUUUGUCAAUAUUAUUUAUUUGAUUAUGUGC